AUGUGGAUUCAGUGGCAUUGUUCUUAUAAGAACGAUUGGAGUAUUUAUCAUCCCAGAAAAAGGGAAAUACUAACGAAUUACUGCAAAUUAGGCCUAAUCCAGGCUUCUUGGGAGACAUCCUACAUUUCUACUGUGAACGAAAUGGAUUCAGAAGCAGAAUCGUCAGAUGUUGUAAGUGACUCCGUUGAGAAGGCCAGUGGCAGUGUUGGAGAGAGUAAUGGAGAGUCAUCAGCAAAGAGACCCAGAGUAGACAUAAAUUCUUUGCCAACUCGGCAGUACCUAGACCAAACUGUAGUACCGAUCCUCCUGCAAGCAGUUACGCAGCUCAAUAAGGAAAGACCUGGAGACCCCAUAGAAUGGUUGGCUAACUACCUCCUAAAGAAUAAACCACAGUUUACUAAUGGCAACUCCAACAGCUCGUAAGAAAGUACAAAAUCAUGUGAUUGAAGUAUUGCAGAGCAGGCGGCGGCCCCUAGUUCAAAAAACAACUACCUAACAUUAAUGUAUUUACUUAGAUACAGUUUCUACAGACUCAUUGCUGCCUUACAAAAAACCCAGAACAAUCGAUAGAGCAAAGAGUAUUAUUGCCCCCUUAGGAAAAGUGAUGGUCUGGGGGAUAUGUAUCAUGGGGAGAACUCUCAUUGCUUGGGUUUUGCCAGGCGGCAGAGGUUAAUGCUACUUUCAGAAACAGCUACUUUAUCCCCUUGAGAAACCUCACCUAGGACUGCCAUUAAGUUAAUAACUUAUUGUGUGUUUACUUGUUAAGGUGUUUUGCAGUUUUGUUUAGAAACCCUUUUCUUCAUUUCAUUUGUCACUUAUUCUCACUUUUUUUUUUUGAAAGACCACAAUAGUACAAUGUAAAAUAAGUAUGGCAAUUGUAUAACUGUGCAUGUUCAAGCCAAAAAUUAUAUCAGGCACUAGAUAGUACUAUAAAAGUUAUAGUGCUGAUUGCAAGCUGUUUCAAGCAUUCAACAAGUUAUUUGAUGAAGUUAGAUGGAAAGUCAGAUGAUAUGACCUUUUUUUUGUUUUAUAAAAAGCUCUUGGAAGUGGUACAUGAAGUCGUGUUGUCUGAGUAAGUGAGAAGAAAAGAGAUUGAUGUAUUAUUUAGAAAGAUCUUUAAUUUUCCUUUGCAAAGAAGUAUUUCAGAAGUUAUGUUUGCAUAUUCAGAAUUAUUUUUAAUUAGUAGCUGUAUUUUGUGCAUUUUAUGUGUAAGAGCAAUUAACUAUAAUUUUCCAUACCUCAUAGGUAAAGUAAUGAGUUACUGUACACAGAGUUGUUUAAUAUUUUAUAUUCAAGAGAAAAUAAAGUUACAUAAAAGAGUUCACAGACAAAUAUUUUUUUUCACAUUUAAAUAAUCUUUUUAGAGGGAAGUGAGGUUUUGUCCUCAAGCUAUUGACCUAGUUGUAUGUGUAACAUACUGAAUGAUACAUUGUGCUCAAUGGAAACUUUCAAGCUGCUUUUGAACAUCAUUUAGCAGUAAAUGGGUAUUUUCAAAUACAUAUUAUAUUUGUCUUUUUCCAUUAUUUUAUUCCCCCUUUUUUUUUUUACAUUUGUUGCAUGAUAAGCAGUUAGAGACAGAUUCUUGGUAGUAAUCUCAAUUAUUUUAAUCUGCACAUUACCAGUCACUUAUCAAUUUUGUAAUUAGAAGAUGCAUUAGAGAUAAGAACUUGGUAUAUGAAAUAUGUGCUACUUAUUGUCCCACCCUAAUGUAUGUGGGCAGUUAAAUGACAGGCUGCAACAAUAUCUCAUAAAAUAGAAUUCAGUGGUUUAAUGAUUUAUUAGUCAUAUGGUUUAUGUGUUUUAUUCUUAUAAAACACAUAGUUGACAGAGUAUUAGUAUGAUGCUUGAAAGGUUGAAUGGAGCAAUUGCAAAGAUAAAUGGGCAUUAUAAUAUAUUUCUCAGUGUCUUCAGAAUGCUACAUUCUGCACGAAAUUGUCUCUCAAAGGAGUUACACAUACAACAUAGUAAUAUAUGAAAAAGACUACGAUAUUCAGCAUGUAGGGUGGAAUAAACAAAGUUAUAUAAGUAUUCUCAAAAAUCAAAAUGGGUUUUGUUUCUCUUGUGUUUACAUUGUUCGUAAAUUAAUGUGUGUAUAUCAUGUUACUGUACCUGCUCAAAGUGAUAAUAAAUAGUUUUUACUAAA